CUCCAUGCAUCCCGAUUCCCGAUAACCUCGGCAACAGGCGAUCUGUUUACUGCUUCGGCCGUCAGGCGUUUCGGUCCCCGAUCCCUAUUUCUACCGCCGCGCGGACCUUCUCCCCCGCGCCGCGCGCUUGAGAGCACCCUCUGCUGUGAUCCAAUCCAAUCCAACCCUUCCUCCGUAGGUGUCGACCGCCGCUGCGCGCAAGCGGCCGGACGCGUGUGCUGCGCCGCCGACGCAUUCCAAGCUUCCGUAGCCCACAGUAAUCGGACACACCGGAGUUAGCAAGUACUGACCUCGGCCAGGUAUUGAUCAGGUUCAACCAAGAGAGCAACAGCGCAACACUACAACGACAAUGCUAGACCUGGUUGCUAUAGCAGCUGAUGAUUCUGCGCUGGCUGAGGAUAUGCAGGUUGAAGAGGUUCUCCAAUUCUCAACUCAGUUCAAGAGUGAGAAUGUCUGUGCAGUUUGCAAACAGGUGAUCCAAUCGUUGGAAGCCUCAUGGAAACCUGACAAUUGUGACCAUGUCAUCUGCAUUGCCUGCUUCUGCCAAUACACAGAGGCCACCGGGCUGCCUAGGUGUGUCGUGGCUUCUUGUGAAUCUUUGUGCCAUACAGAGAUGCAGCACGAGAUCAGGGUGCCUCAUGGCACUUUGAUCUCAACGGAAGACAUGGACAGCCGUAAAGGGAAAAACCCUCUCAACGCCAUGCCCCAAGAGCUUGGGCAAUGCUCUCAUGGGGCGGAUGCAAUGAUAAGCAAUGAGUUCUACUGUUCCAUCUGCAUGGAGACAAUGCACAUUGGGGAAUUCUUUCCCAUUGACGGAUGCACACACACCUUCUGCAUCAGUUGUGUGAGGCAGUACAUUGCUGCAAAGGUUGAGGAGAAUGUAUUGUCUAUUGGCUGCCCUGACCGGGGGUGCAAGAAAGGUGUGUUGCACCCAGAAGCAUGCCGUGAUGUGAUCCCUUUGCAGCUGUUCCAGAGGUGGGGUGCGGCGCUCUGUGACUCAUCAUUGGGGGAAUUCAAAUUCUACUGCCCCUUCAAGGACUGCUCGGCUCUGUUGGUUGAUGAUCCUGGCCCUGGUGAGGCGGUGAUAACAAAUGUGGAGUGCCCACACUGCUGCCGGAUGUUCUGUGCCCAGUGCAAGGUUCCAUGGCACGAUGGUGUGACAUGCACAGAGUUCCAACGCCUCGGGAAAGAUGAGCGAGGCAGGGAGGACCUGUUGCUGAGGAAGGUUGCACAGGAGAGAAAGUGGCAGAGGUGCCCCAAGUGCAAGAUGUACGUGGAGAGGAUCACGGGCUGCGUGUUCAUCAUCUGCAGGUGCGGGCACUGCUUCUGCUACCUUUGUGCAUCCCCAAUGUCUAGGGAUAGCCAUUAUUGCAAGACCUGCAAGCGAACCUAUUGAAUGACCUGAAGCUUCCAAGCCCUAACUGAAGGAAGGGAAUUCUUAGCUCUACCUCUACUAAAUCUGGUUGAUUGCUGUUAUGACUGUUUUGAUUAUCUCUGGCUUGUGCAGUUCUGAUUUGAUAAGUCGGUAUCAGAAGUAGCACUGGGGUCUAUUAGUAAUAAUAACUAGAGUGUGGUUUAGGAAAUGACAUCACAAGAGUGAAGCUUAGUCUUGCCACCUUUUGUAAUGGCUGACAUCUGAAGGUGCUGUCCAGUUUCUAGCAAUUAGGAAGUAGUAUCAUGCUACAGUAGCUUGCAAGGCAGCUACUAGGUAUGUUGCUUUUGAGAAAUCACCGAUCACUCAGUUUAGUUGUACCAGCUAACUAAUAUUUCAAAUCUAAUGGCUGGCAUGUGUUGCAAGUUGGAAACGGGUA